GAAAAGAGGGGGUUCGCGUGUUUUUUUCGCAGGCGGAGCUUCGUCCUCGCGAACCAUUGGAAUUCACCGUCUGUUUUCUCGGGAUCGCGGGAGCACCGGGGUGAGGAGAAGCAGCGAGCCAGCGCCGCGAGCGGGCACAUGCGAACCGGAGUGCUCACCAACGAAAUUCCAGCUGUUGUGCUCAUACACACGCACAGUCACACGCACAGACUCACCACACUCACACACACCCACACACAUACACACACACACAUCCUCACCCACACACACUCACACAUACAUAUACCAUUCACAGAGACGAAGAACAAGCAAAUCCCUUCAUUAUGUGGCAACCUGCGACAGAGCGACUACAGCACUUCCAGACGAUGUUGAAGACAAAGCUCAACGUGCUAACACUCCGGAAAGAUCCGUUGCCGACGGUGAUCUACCAUGAGCCAGAGGCCAUCGAAUUAUGUUCCACAGCACCGCAUAUGAAGAACCGCAACCACACAGGGUACAAGGUGACGUACCUGGGCAGGGUAAGCAUCUCCGGCACGCAGUUCCUCUCUGGCUGCACCGAGUCAGCGGUGGUGGGCCUCUCUACUGCCAGGCACUUGGCCAUCUCCAACGGCAACGGCAACAGCAACGGAGACAACAGCAAUGGAGACAACAGCAACGCUAACGGCAACCUCGCCCCCGGACACAGCGCCCUGCUGGAGAUCCGGCCCUUCCAGGUGAGGCUGCACCAUAUGGAUGGGCGGGGGGAGGCCAUGGACACGUACCAGGUGGCGCGCAUCGCUUACUGCACGGCCGACCACCAGGCCAACCCCAACGUGUUCGCCUGGAUCUACCGGCAGAUCAACGACGACCUCACCUUCCAGAUGGACUGCCACGCCGUGGAGUGCCAGAGCAAGCUGGAGGCCAAGAUGCUGGCGCACUCCAUGAUGGAGGCCUUCCGCAAGACCUUCCACAGCAUGCACAGCGACGGCCGCCUGCACAAGGCCGGCUCGACCUCUGACGACCAGGCCGAGGAUUCCACGGCCGAAGACUCCACGCCUGAUGACGGCUGAGGAGAUCUUGAUGUGAUGUGGUGUGGUGUGGUGUGGUGCCAACCUCCCCGCUCACUUACCCAUGACCUGCCUCUCUAUGUCUUUCUUUCUCUCUCUCUCUCUCUCUCUCUCUCUCUCUCUCUCUCUCUCUCUCUCUCUCUUCAUAUCUCUCCGUUCUCUUUCUCUCUCUCUCUCCUUCACUCUCUUGGUCUCAUUUUCAGUUUUCCAGUUGAUUUCAAUUCCAUCCAUUUGACAAACUGCCAAUGUGAUCAAUCUUUUUUUGAAGAAAAUUCUGCAGUGGUGGGGAGAGAGAGAGAGAGGGAGAGAGAGAGAGAGAGAGAGAAAGAGAGAGACAGAGAGAGAGAGAGGGAGAUAGAAAGAGAGAGACAGAGAGAGAGGGAGAGAGAAAGAGAGGGAGAGAGAAAGAAUGGGAGGGAGGAGGGGAGAAUGGAAUGAGUGUAGAAGCCAAGAGGGUGGAGCUUUUCUUCUUCUCUCAUUCCAUAUUUGUCUCUUUCACCGAUUUUUCUACAGUGCCAGUGUGGAACGUCUUUUAAAGGACGUGAGACUGACCAACACAGUCAUGAGUGCCUCAUGGUGAGAGGAAGGUGUGGCAGUGUGAGAAGGGAGAGUAAACACAAACAAAUAAAGAAACAAACACAACACAACAACUCACCAAGUGACCAAAUGUACCCCAGAAACAGAAGUCUGCUGGUAAAAUGGCCGCCUCCUCAACACUGUGUGUGUGUGUGUGUGUGUGUGUAUGUGUGUGUGUGUGUGUGUGUGUGUGUGUGUGUGUGUGUGUGUGUGCAUGUCUCUCUCCCUUCUGCCAAUCAAUCUCUCAAACUCUCCUCCCAUCUAUGUGAUCUGUGAUGUUAUACAUUAGGGGUGAGGUCAACCUGGGGGUAGGAGAGGGAUUGCCUUCUCCAAUGUCAUUUGAUCACAGGGCAUUGUGUGCAUGUGCAUGUGUGACUGUGUAAGGGGCCUACAAGAACAUGUGACCAAAUACCAAAAGUGUGUGUGUGUGUGUUUGUGGCUGUACAAGUACUACUGUAAGCCAUCCCAAUCUAAAAGGCUUAUUGUGGUCUGUGCAUUCCAGAUUUGUAAUCUUCAUUAAGAAUAAGAAUGAUUGAAGACCCUGUCAGGAGCAGACCUUGGAGUAGGACCUUAAAGGUACAGGACAGUAAUGGUACUUUAAAGGUACUAAGACAGUUAUGGUACUUAAAGGCUCUAAUGGUUCUACUUUCUAUCGGUCUUCAUACAUGGAGAUUGAGAACUACCUUUCUUGAACUGAUGAAGCCAAAGAACUCACAAGGGUUCUUGAUUGCACCCAAACUUUUAGGAGUGCAAGGCAAGUAAUUUGGAAAGCCUGUGUCAAACACAGUAGCCAUUCAGGCUGUUAUACAUAAAUAUUUACAAAACCAAGACCUGGCUUGGUUUGAUUCUUCAAUUGGAAGAAUACAGUGGACAUUUGUUUGGGCCUUAAGCUAUUGUUUGGGUGAUUGAUAAAUGAGAAGGAGCACUUUUAAGUCAUGUCUUUAAUCAACUGGAAGCCAUUAUUGGGAUCUGAGUAUAGUAAUGCAUGGAUUACUUGGUCUUUGUUAGAAUUCUUGCAGCACCACUAUCUACAGCAUCUGUAUUAUGGUCUUUUUUGAGAACACCAGCAAAAAGAUUGUUGCAGUAGUCAAAAAAUGUCUAAAUGUGAAAAAUUGUCGAGAUUGGGCCUAAAUCGAGAUUGGGCCUAAAAUCACCAAUUCUAUAAUACAAUAAGCUGAUUCAGUCAUUACUUCGGUUUGGUUGUAAUGAAGAUAAAAGCAGAUUUUUUUCUAAUACCAAGGUUUCCAAUUUAGUUGUUAUCUCUUGGACCCGUACAAAGUGACCUUGAGUAUUUCUCAUUUGGUGCCACUCAAAAUGUUUUUUUUUCAGUCAAAACGAAUCUGAUACAUCCAGUCAUUCAUGCACUCUUUGCAUUGGCAUGCUGUGGUGUGCACACCAUAGUCGUAAAGUAUUACAUAAGUAGCACAAGAAUUAAAUACUUUAAAAGUUUUAUUGCAUAACUCAUCAGGAAUUUUGUUUACUUCCCAGAUUUAGCCUUAGUGGUUGAAUAAUCGAGGUCCGUUAAUAGAGCUUUGGAGAACUCCGUGUCAUUGUGAUUAGCUCAGAGCCAGCACAACUAUUGUUCUCAAGAGAAUCUGAACUAAGUGGGAAUUAUAAGAGAAAGUCCUACCCAUACUUUUGGCCCAUUACCUACCUAGUUAAAUAAUAAGAGGGUUUUAUGGCAGUAAGCAUCAGAAACAGGUUCAAAGGGGCUGAGACCUAUCCCACUUUCGACCACCGCUCACUCUCUCCACCUUAUUUACACACACACACACAAAAAACACGUUCUCUCUCUCUCUUCUCACGUUCUUAUCAUUCUCAACCUACACCUAUCCUCUGCUGAAUGUAUGACAGGUCCAAACGUGCUGCAACCUUCAGUAGACAUGUACGAAAUGGUGUUCUUGUUGAAUCUGUAUUUUAUGUUGUUUCUUUUUCAUCAUCAACUGCUGGUUAGGCAGAAUUUGUGUCUGUGUGUGUGUGUGUGUGUGUGUGUGUGUGUGUGUACUGUUUCAGCAUAGUCAGCUAUCUCAAUGACACCUGGUGCCAGUUCAAAAUGGGAAAACGUCAGUCUGUGUUGCUUUCGUCUCUGUGAGGCUAUGCUAACACAUGCAUGUUCACUUCACAAACACACACACACUCACACACACAAACUCACAAAAAGCUGUUUCAGCCGCUGUUACUUGGGAAGCUUAGGCUUGUGGUUGGGUAAAGAUGCCAUAAGUCUACCAACAGUACAACAAAGGUUGUAUUGUGUCAAUAUCCCUCAGUUUAAGAAUGGGAAAACUGAAACUAGCCAAAGUUUUCCCAGAGAUGAAUACCCUGGACAGCAGCAACAAGCACACACAAGCAUAUAUGAAUCUAUAAAUAUAUAUAUAUAUAUAAUAAAAAGUAUAUAUAUUUACGUGUAUUUGAAAAUGCAUUCAAUAAGCUCAUGUAAAUACAAAAAUCUAUCUGUCUCCAAAAAUCUGUAAGACACACAUUGGUAUAAAUAGUGUCACGUAGCCACACAUGUAUUAACACGCAUGUCUGGAGGCAUCCAUGGCCAAAUGUGGACUGAAUGUAGAUGGCAACGAUUACAGAAUUGAAGGUGCAGUCUGUUAUUCUACAUAAAUACCCUUUUUUGACAAAUUGACCAAAAUGCUCCUCAUGGUCCUCUAGCUGUGUUUUCAGUGUGUGUGCUUAAGAUAACUCCUGUGUUCAUACACACUCCUAACAAUGUAAACAUAGUGGCUUGGACCAAGCCAUAAACAAUUCCAGCCAAUCAACACAUUACUUGAGGAGCACAGAUGGGAGGGGUAUAAUUGUAUUGGGUGUGGAGAUCAAAUAUUUACAAUCUUUUACCAGAAUUGCGGACUGCAUCUUUAGUGGUAUAUAAACCAAUCAAAAAGCCUUGUUAUGGUAGAGCUGGAUUGAGGAAUCAAAACCAUUGGCUCUAAAUAUGGAGACAUACUGAAGUUAGAGUUCUUAGAGGAAAAAAGCUGUAGGUAUAGCCCUGUUAGAGACCAUUUUAAACUGAUUUCUGGUUCACAAUUUUAACAAGUUGUCUCCAGCCUGUGACCUCACGUCUGGCUCCGUCACACUAGCGUAUGAGUGACAUAAAAACAAACAUUUUAGUAACAGAAAAAUCAACGAGUCUAAGGGUAUUUUACUGCCAACUGUGAAUAUGUAGAAAGCGAUUUUGAGGAGCUGGAGGCUUUGGAGUUGGAGCCUAGACUGUGUGUGUGUUUGUGUGUGUGAUGGGUGGGUGCAGGGGUUGAUGUACGCAGAAAGACUGUUUUUAUUUGUGGAUUUGUGUUUUUGUUUGAUUUGUUUUGUAAAUCUGUACAUGUAUGUUGUCAUCUCGUCUGUCUCCAUGCUCUGAUGCGCUUUAAACAAAAACUGUUACCGUCAUGUGUUUUCUAUACAGUAUUUGCAAAGAUAAAGACAAAAACAAUCAUAUAAAGUAUUUACCAAGG